CAGCAGACCAGAAACACCCCAAGACCGCCGGGAACAAUUCGAGUCGCACCCGUCAAAAUGAGCGAACUCGUCUUCGCAAAGCAGUUCCUCACAGCCCUCGACUCGCGCCCCAUCAAGCUCUCCAGCGAUCACAUCGCCGACCCGCGGUCAUAUCCCGCCUCAAACGCCUACACCCUCCCCCGCCUCCCCCCCGGCCACCCCUCCAAACCCCUCCGCAAAUCCCCUACGAACCCGGCAGCCACCAGCCACUCCAUAACCCUCAAGCCCCUCAAGCCCUCCCAACCCACCAUCACCCUCCCCUCGCAACCCCCCUCCACCUCCAUCUACGAUCUCAAAGCCGCCUACGCCGCCCAGACCUCCACCGACAUCGCCAAGAUCAAGGUCCUGUACAAGAAGAAGCCCGUCGCCGAUUCGAAGAUCUUAUCCGAGCUCGCGGGCGAUAACGUCGGGGCUGCGCUGGAGUUUGGGGUUAUGAUAUUGGGGGGUGGGGUGGGGGGCACGCCGGUGGGGACGCCGCCGGUGGAGAUACCGCAACCAUUGAUGGGGGAGAAGGAGGUAGGAGCGGUGGCGCAGGGGCCGAGUGGGGCAGAGGAGUUGCGGACGGAGGAGUUUUGGAGGGAUUUGAAGGGGUUUCUUGUGCAGAGGUUGAGGGAUGAGGGGGAGGGGGAGAGGUGGGCGAAGGCGUUUAGGGGGGUUUGGGAGAAGGAGGGUUGA